AGGUUUUCAUUACACAACAACAAUAAAAAAAAAAAAUUGAUUUUUGGAAAAAAAUUUGUCACAUGAAAUCUGUACGUCUCUGAAUCUUCUCUUCUUCCCUCAUCCAUUGCUUAUGUGCUUCUUCUUCUUCUUCUGAUUACCAAAUUUUCAUUUCUCUUCUUCUUCGUCGUUUCUGAGAAAAAGUUUGCAUUUUUUUUUUGUGAGAAUCAAGAAAGAGACUAAAACCUAAGAAUCGUGCAGAGGCGAGGACACCACAACACACCACACCCAGAUAUUGAAACUACAUAAAGUUUAUUAAUUUGAUUUCAAUUUCAACUUUUUUUUUAGACCCAUUUAGAUUCUCUCUAGGGAUUGAUUUUGCAGAUCGUUGUGAUUUUGGUUCAGGAUUUGUUGCAUUGCAAUAGCUGGACGGAUCGGGAUUGACCCACUUUAGGUUUUCAUCUAAAGAUUGGAAAUUUUUUUAAUUUGGCAUCGGAUUGUUUGGAUUUGAUUUCUUAUAAGAUUUAGUUGGAGCAUGAGUGUAGCCUGAAGCUAGAUAGCUGGCUGGCAUGUGGUGAUCGUAAUGGUAAUUACGGUCUCGUCAAAGUCCUUGUAACUUUUGAUCUGUUUUCUGGAAAGUCCUUGUGUUCUAGUCAAAGGUAUGAAUCCAAUGCAAGGGCCACGAGCUACUGGUGGUUCAUCUGCUGACGUGAAUCAGGCAGAUGGUGAAUCGAUUUAUUGCACAGAAACCGCUAUGAAUAACAUGUUGAAUCCAGCAGACACUGUAUUUCCAAACAAUAGUACACCUUCAGGACGACCAACUUAUGCAAGUUCGAGUUCUCAUGCUGCUCAAGAUCAUAACUGGUGGAGGUUUGGGGAAUCCAGCUCCAUAUCAGGUCCUUCUGAUCAGGUCAAUUCCAUUGGAAUGAAGACAAGUCACCAGCUGCCUCAAGAUGGUGCUCAUCACUUUGUUGGCUAUGGAUCUGAGGGAAGGGAAUUAGGUCUGAAUGGUAUGAUGGUAGAUGGAGGGGUUCAUGCUGGCAGUCACAUCAGGAAUGGGCCUUCUUUCUUGCGCGGUUCAAGCUCUAAUCCUAUGCAACAGCAUGUAGAUAUGAGCAUGGACAUGGACAGCGAUAAUUGUAGUGCACAGACUUCCGGGGUAGUUAUCCGUCAUAAUAGCUAUGGGAGUUCAUUAGGAAGCUCAAUUCAGGCCGCAGGGGAGAGCAGCAGUGGUCCUGCUUCUCCGUUUGGUGGUUGGGGUUCGUCCUGCAAAAGAAAGGCUCUUGAAGGAUCCCCUGGUCAUUAUUUUUCUGGUGAAACUCCUAACCGCAUUGUUCAGACUGAAAAUAGUGCUUCGCAUGCAAGUCUUUCUCAGUAUGGUGCUUCAAGUAGCUUAAGUUUGGCUACACCCUCACAAAGUUCUCCAAAUGUUACUAAUCAUUUUGGCCGGACAGAACAAAUGUUUGGAUCUGGUGGUGGAAGAGCAGUUGCAGCCAGUGCUUUUCAUUCUGCAAGAAACACUGACACCUUAUCUAGAGCUGGCAGACGAUUAAAUCCCAGGCAGCCUCAGGAGUCUGUAGCAUUCAGCGUAUCACACGCUGGAACUUCUGUGCGUCCCACUGAUUCUUUGCAACAGAAUUUACCAUUGAACUCUCCCUUUGUAGAUCCUCUAGAUGUGAGAUCAACUAGUGGCUCAAGCACUGGUGAGAAUCAGACAAAUAUAGUCCACCUCCCUGCUUUGACCAGGAAUAUACACCAAUUUGCUUGGGAUGCUUCUUUCAGUUCCAGAGCCAGUAAUUCUUCGGGUAUUGGGAUGCCUGCAGAGCGAUUAGGGCCACAGUGGGAAACACCGAGAAGCAACCCAGAGCAGCCCAUGUUUGCACCCGCAACUGACAUGAGACAGCCGGUGCAUGAUCUUUGGAAUUUCACACAUGGAAACCCUGGUUCAUCUAUAGAUUCUCCCUUUGUUCCUCGAGCAGGGCCAAGUUCAGCUAUUCAUGCGCCACAGCCUAAUCCCACAUGGAUUCCUCCUCAGAGUGCCCCAAUACAUAAUCCAUCGAGAACAUCAGAACUUUCUCCUUGGUCUUUAUUUCCUAAUAUUGAAUCUCAAUCUGCUAGUCACGGUGCCUCUCUUCCAUUAUUACCCGCAGGCCCCUCUGUUUCCUCAAAUGAGGUGGCAAUGCCAUCUGGUUCUAAUAGUCGGAGCCAUCGCUCACGGCAAAGAAGAUCAGGGUUGUUAUUGGAGAGACAAAAUGAACUUCUCCACUUGCGUCACAUAGGGAGGAGCUUAGCUGCUGACGGUAAUGGAAGGAAUCAAAUCAUCUCCGAGCAGAUACGUCAGGUGUUGCAUGCCAUGAGAAGAGGAGAAAAUUUACGGGUUGAGGAUUACAUGGUGUUCGAUCCACUUAUCUACCAGGGUAUGACUGACAUGAAUGAUAGGCAUCGGGAAAUGCGGCUUGAUGUUGACAACAUGUCGUAUGAGGAGCUAUUGGCACUUGGGGAACGCAUAGGUGAUGUGAGCACUGGCCUAAGUGAAGAGGUCAUUUUGAAAGCAUUGAAACAGCACAAACAUACAAUUUCUUCUGCUUCUUCUGCUGAGUUGCAUCAGAACAUAGAGCCAUGCUGCAUUUGUCAGGAAGAGUAUGUAGAAGGUGAUAAUCUUGGAACCUUGAAAUGUGGACAUGAAUUCCACAAGGACUGUAUCAAGCAAUGGGUCAUGAUCAAGAAUCUCUGCCCCAUUUGUAAGACCGAGGCAUUAAAGACGCCAUAGUACGUAUGCUUGCCUCCAUCUUCAUUGUGCAUGUUGGCUCCAUUCAUCAUCAUCGCGACACCAAAAGAAAAUAAAAAUAGUGAUCUUAAAGUUCUGUUAUAUCCUUAUAUCUCAUAUGAGAAUUAAUUGUUAUGCUUAACUCAUUGUGUCACACUGUUCAAAGAACAUUAUGACAAUUUCAUAAAAAUUCCAUGGAGAAGAGAAUAAUUCCCAUUUUUACUAGAA